AUGUUUAUUGGACAGGAUCGCGCUGGAAAAACCAGCUUAAAAAAAUCACUGAUGGGAAAGCGUUUCAACUCAGAUGAAGGCAGCACUGUAGGAAUAGAUGUCGACCCUUCACUUUUUGAGAUUUCAACUGAAAUUUGGAGGACAGGGGAGAGAGAUAAGGAAAGAGUCUCUGAAGGAGGUAUUUCUUUCGAGCACCAUGCAGCUCGACUGGUUGUGAGCAAGCUGAUGAAAGAAGAAAGUGUUCUCAAAGAAAGGACUGAAGAGGUGGCGCAGUGUGAAAACAUUCCCCUGACUGACACAGUACACUCAAAAGUUCAAGCAGGCGGUGUGUCAAAUCAGACAGCUGCAGAAGUGCGUAUUGAAAACAGCCAUAACAAUGGUCCAUUCCUUGACAUCGUUAUAGGACCCCAAAAAAGUGAGACGACAGAAGGUGCAAGAGAUUCUCAGAAGAUACCUGGAAAAGUAGAAACUGAUAAAACCGAGUAUGUUAAGGACGAGACACUGCCAAUGCUACCUGACGCAACCCAGAAUAGGACGGAGGACCCAGCCUCACCAAAGAUACCAGAAGAGGUUGAAGGCUUGAUUAAAAAGCUUUUGCAGAAAGGCAACAAGGAAACAGAUGAAGAGGAUGGCAUUUAUUCUGUACUUUGGGAUUUUGGUGGUCAAUCAGUGUACUAUACAACACAUCCACUCUUUCUUACAACAAGAGCAAUUUACCUUCUGGUUUACGACCUCAGCCGAAAUCCUUAUGAAACAGCCAAGCCUAUUGUAAAACAGGGAUUGUUCAUGAAAGUUGAAGACUCCUUCAGCAGAAAAACCAAUUUAGACUACCUGGAUUUCUGGAUGAAUUCCGUUGCUUCUCUGGUCUCUCAAGGCGAGGCUGGUCAGACAAAUUCUGGUCCUAGAUCUGCAAUUCUGCCAGACAAACUUCCCCCUGUGUUUCUGGUCUGCACACACGCAGAUGGUCCUUACGACGGGAAAGAACCUCUGGCAGCAGCCCUUGAGGUGUUCGGCUCAUUACAGUCCAAACCGUACAAAAGCGUCCUGUAUGAUGAUGUGUUUGUCGUGGACAAUAGGAAAUCUGGCCUUGAAUUCGAGUGUUCAGAAGUCACACGCUUGCGUGAAAAAUUGCUUGCUGUUGCCAAAGAGCUUCCACAGAUGAAAGAAGUUAUUCCGAUCAAAUGGUUGAAAUACGAGAAGGCUAUUCAAGUCGCUGUUGAAGAGGGGCACAAAUGGAUUUCUCUGGAAAGAGCUAAACAUAUUGCUUCUGAAGUGUGCAAAAUUUAUGAUAAUCAAGAGUUUGUGACGUUACUGAAUUUUUUCCAUGACCAGCGGAUUUUGAUUCAUUUUGAUGAAAGUGCGGUGUUGAACAAUUUGGUUAUCUUGGACCCUCAAUGGCUCAUCGAUGUGUUCAAGAAGGUAAUAACCGUUCAACCUUAUGUCCAUGAAAAUAAGGAAGUCAAAGAACGGUGGCAUAAACUUGAGACGACAGGCAUACUAGAUGAAUCACUUCUACAACGUGUCUGGGGUCCUUUGAUAGAUCACCAAGACACAUUUGAGAGCCUCAUUGCGAUCAUGGAGAAAUUCAGCUUACUUUGUCCAUGGCCUGUACCAGAUUCGUCAUGUACCAAGGAGUACCUGGUGCCAUCCAUGUUGAUGUCAUACCCGCCGCAGGAUAUUACAAAGUUGGUUGCUUCUGCCAGAAUUCCCUCUCUUUUCCUCAGGUUUAAAUCUGGACAAGUUCCUCCUGGUCUGUUUCCCCGACUCAUCUUACAGUUUUUUCAGUGGGGCAAAACUGAAUUUUGGAGCCCAGUGAACCCCCAGUUGUACCUCAAUUUCGCCAGGUUUCACACAUUUGGGGACCAAGACUGUUCCGUGGUCCUCCGGUGUCACUCUGGGUCCAUUGAAGUUGUUGUUCACCGAGGGAAUCUUGUGGUCGAGUCUAUGGAUUCCUUGCACUCGUCGCCGAAUUCUUCUGCAAGUGGCCACUAUGAUGCAUUUGAAGUUGCCUGUGCUCGUGCUGUGUGUAGACAGUUAGGUUUGAUGCUCGAGUGCAUGCGGAAUGAGUUCCAUUGGUUAAGGAAUAUGAAGUAUGAGCUAGGUGUCAUCUGCCCGGUCUGUUCCCAGGGAGGUGUGGUCAACUACUGUCGUACUCAUCACAGGCAGGGAUGUGAACGAGAGGAAUGUCUGCACUUCUGGUCUGAGUCAGAGUUGAGCAGUGCUGACAGGGUUGUCUGCACUAAGGAUGCAGCUGCAUUAAAUAACAGAGUUGAUGCCAAUCUGUUUGCACCUUGGCUUGCAGCAGAAGGUAAACAGGUAAGCACGGUGAUACAAUGACUAUUUGAGAGGGGUUCAAGUCACUAAAAUCACUUUCCCUUGGUUGGCCGUUGAUGGUUACUAAGAAACCUUCUGAUUGAGUACGAGGACAACUGGUAUUUAUGUCUCCUUGAUUUGAUUGCUAAGGAGGCUUUAGGGGGAAGAUUGGCUUGACAAGUGAUUAUCCUAACCUCAAACUAGUUUUCUCAGCUCUUAAUUGUAUUUAAUUUCUUACCUGCUACCAAAUAGGGAGGUCCCUUUGAAUUUAUUAAGAGUUAGUUUUUAAAGAGUCUGGUUUCGUUUUAACGUGGGAGUGAAAACACAAAAAUUUGUUUUAAUCGACUUAGUAGAUAUGAGGCUACCCAGCGCACAGAGGUUUAGAGCAUUGACCCUUUCUUAGAGUUAAGCAGAGUAUGUAGCAAACUCGGCUGGUGAACGUUACUAACUUUAGGCUCGCUAUGAUCUGCUUGCUCUGAAGUGAGUAUUAUGAAGUCGGAAUUAAAGCGUCCUUUAUGGCCAUGACGUCAAUUCCCACACUUCUUUUAGUAGCACCUUUGAUUUUGAUACAAUCGAGUGAAGCAAAAGCGUUUCCUCGCUAAAGUGAGGGAACAAGCCGAAAGAGAAUUGGAAAAAAGCAUGAAUAAAAUGUUGCCGUUUUGUCUUCCUUGUUAUCGUGUUUCGGCUUAUUCAGUGGUUUAAUCUAUUUGCUGGCUCGUGAGACAAUCUUAAGGGUCUUCUAACCGGGCAGUCACUACCAGCCCUUGAAAACGAAGUAUAACAGUAAACAUACCAUUAGCCUAUCCUCUUUUGAUCCAAUUAUGAAGAAAGUAAGAUGCAGGAGAAUUUUACUGUAUCUUUCUUUUACACAGGAUCUUCUUUUAGGAAGAUUCUGUGUUUCUUCACAGGAGACAGCGUCCACCAAAAAAGGUGUUUUCGAACUGUUCAAGUAAAAUUUGUGCUUGACGUUCUUCUAGUAACUAUGCCGCUAAUCUACACUCGUUUACUUAGUCGCCCUUAUCAUUUGAAUAUGAUUACAAUUUUGAGUUAAGUAAUAACAGUGUAUUCAUCAACCCUCUCUGUACACUAAAUAAUUUUUUUUCAUUUCCGUGAUCAUCAAAGUUAGCGAUUGAUGAACAUGAUGGAAGACGAAGACUACCUGAUAAUGGAGGUACGUUUCAACUAAUUAACAAUGGUUUAACAGUCGCUACCCCAUUGGUAGUAGAAAUGUCGAUACGUGAUGCUGAUUUCCGUAAAAUCUCAGACCUUUCGGUUUUUUUUUUCAUACCUUUGCGUUCAAGCUUCUAAACAGAAUAAUUUGACGAAACUGUAACCUUGCGGCGAUUUAUUUUAAUUUUUUUUUAUUAUUUAUUUCCUCGAGCCGUUAUUUGCUGGAUUAUUUAAAACAGUACUCCCCGUCUCUGAACUGCGCGCAAAAGUAACUUUUAACAAGAACAAUUUUAUUGUACCAAUAGUAAAAAGACAAUUAGAAUAAGAUUAUAACAAGCUAACAAUAAUUUGUGGUACUGGCUGUCUGGAAUAACCACGGGGCUAAAAAGACCAGACAGCAAUUUUCUUUACAAUGAAAUAAAACUAUCUGAGGUCAGUUCAUGACAAGAGGAUGAUUACAUCUUGCACGCCGACCGCUGACCUUUUCAGGAUGAACAGCGAAGAUACCCUACCCAUAUGUUAGUUCUUACUCCCUUCUCAGAAUCUUUUUUUCUGCUACCACUCCGGAGCUUCUGUAUCUCUAACACCGUUUAGUAAUGCCUGCCAAGUAGCGCCGAUAUCCUUGUUCUUGGACCGAAUGGAUUGUUCCUUACCUUUCAUUUUACUUUUUCUUUUAACUGGGCCGCCUAGAUGAGCAAUUGGUAUUUUGCGGGCCAGUUUAUUGUAAUACCAUUUCUAAUAAAUAAAGUUGAAGUUGAAGCAAUUGAAGUUAUGGGUGCUGGUAACAUAUCUUGCAGGAAAUGAAAAUGCGUGGAUUGCUAUCCCUGAUACGGUAAUGGAAUCACUGCUGCCGACGUCAUGCGGGCCCAGAGAAGUUGUACAUCAAUUGAAACUGAGUCUUCAGUGGGACCAGGCCUCCUUGGAAGAUCCGACGCCUGAGAACAAGAGAUUGAUUCGUUACUUGGCAACGAAAGCUAAACAUUCAAACAGGCUUGACGUGGUCAAGCACUUGAGAGAGAUCACACCAGCUGGGACCGCAGGUGAACUGCAAGAGUCGUACAUUGUAUUAUUUCGAGGUCAAAUUGUGGCGUAGUUUUAAGAGCACUCUCCUUAGGCCAAUUUAGACGGUACUAUUUUUGCUUACGACAAUCGUGCGCGACUAGCAUGCGUCGUUACUUUCGACUAUCCACACGGGCACAAUUUUCACUUACGACAUCCACAUGUGUCGUACGAAUGUCGUGUGUCUAAUUUACACGAACCGAUUUGUCCUUAGGUCAUGACGAUAGUCUUAAGAAAAACACGUGCCGUCAAAAUCGGCGCUACCGGUGUAGCCUGGGUUUGCAUCUUGGAGUCGACGCCAUAUUUGGGUCAAGUUUGCUGCUUGUUCUCAUUCUUAGUAUCCUGGUGCAGGGCUUCAAAAAACUCCUGUCAGGUCGUCUGGGACAAGUAGAUUUUUUCUUUGGGUAAAUAACGUUUUAACCUCACUUGUCUUGUCUCUGGUAACUAAAUCAUUAGCUAGGGCAAGCAAGCAAUGGUCCUUAGCAAGAAAAAUAUGAGAGCUACUUGUGCAAAGGACAACAACUCUUGCAUUUCCAAUCUAGAAUGCACACGCGUAAUAGAAGUUUCUCAAAACAAAUUACAAUUAUAAUUCUAGCUCGACGUUUUGGUGCUCAAGUCGAAAGUAGUAAUCUUUUCGUUUUUUCUUUUCUCCUUAUUCCCUUCUUCUAGCUAUCUGUAUUUUCUCUUUCUUGCGAUUUUCGAGAAUAUCGGACCCCAAAACUUGCAUUUCAGCCUUACUCCGGUCAAAUGGCUGCAAUAUUGGGCAGCUACGUUUUCAAAAGUGUAGCUAGAAUUACAUGUUGCUCUUGUCAUAGAAAGAAAUUUACACUCUAUGUAGGCUGGUCUCUGUGAUGUUAGGGAACUAGAAGUAUUGCUUGUUACUGCUCUAUGGAUGUAAUGUUAAUUCAUCCAGACUAACUCUUUGUCGGGUGUCAAGACAAUAUGUAGUGAAGUUUCUUGUCUGAGGAAGGCCACGUUUGCUGACACGAGGUUUUGAAUGGUUGAUUUUGAACUCGUAGCUGCUAGUUUAUUAAUUACAUCGUCGCAAUGUUUUUGCCUUUUGUAGUCGCCGUUUCCGAUCACGUUGAUUUUUUAUUAUAUUUUUAGGUCCUCUGUUGUCCGAUCACCUCGAUAUUCGGAAUAUCCCUGUUGGUCAGAUGAGAGAAAUCACCAUUGAUUUGAGCGGUUAGUAUAGUACACACAGGAAGCCCAGGAUUAGUAAUGAUGACUAUAAAUCAGGGUCCUUCUUAACCUUUAUACCAUACCUCUUCAAAAUGAGAGCUUGGCCUGUCUGUGACUUUGUCAUUCUCGGCCUGGAACAGGUGUAUACUGUUGCCACCCCCAUUUGUUUUUCCAUCAUAAUCAAUAGUGAAUGGCCAGCUAGACGAGCUGUUUAACAUUUAAUUUUGGCUAAGUAUGUACAAAAUUGAAGCGUAAAACUCGAUUACACAAAAAGUGAGCAUUCCUUGUGAGGUGUUUUUGACAAUUCCCAUAGUCUUGAAACGAUAUACGAUUACAUCUAAGCAUUUUGUAAGAAGGAUAAAUGCUACCAACACAACGUUUCUGCGACUACCAGUCGUCUUUGCUAAGCUCGAUUGUUUUUACAAGUGUUAUUGUGGGUCGUCGAUUUGACCUUGAAGACUUGUGAAAAACUUUGCGAAAAAAUUCUUUUUAUCAGACGUUUAUAAAAUACUGGUAAGUUGAAAAAAUAAUUCGUUUCGUAUUCUUAAGAAAGCAAUUUGAUUGUUUUUGCCAAUCACCGAACUGCUUUGGAUCGGUGAAGCGUUGCCCAUUCAUCUAUUUCUAUGUAAGAAAUUAUCGUUAUUUUUUUAAAUAUUGGCAGGUGGAGAUCAAUGGAAGGACGUUGCUGAAAAACUGGGAUUAUCCCCAAACGAGAUUCGUUUUCUUGACAGAAGAACACUAAACCCAUGUGACGCUGCAUUGGCGUUCCUUUCUCAGCGGUCUUAUCUAAAUGUGGGAUGUCUGUAUGAUGUGCUUACUGAGUGUGGGCUGCCUGUGAUAGCUGAUUUGUUAUGAGGCGACUUCAUAAACUUACCACGGCUUUCACUGAUCCGACACUUUAAAUCAAUCUUGCCAAGCUAAUAUGGGCUUCCUGUAAGACGUCACUCAGAGGUGACUCAGAGGUGUUUAAACGGAAAAGAGUAAUUUCUGACCCGUUUAAAGCAGACUCUCUGAGGGAUAAAACCACUUUAUCUGCAAUAGCAGUAAUAGUAGCUAGUGUUAACUUUAUUUUAUGUGGUCUAAUCCACUUAGCCCAUUACAGUAUUGUAAGUAUCGCUAUUUUCCAUGUAUUGCCACAAAAAAGAUAUCAUAUAAAAAUCUGAGAAUAUGUAUAGUAUUAAAAUAAAAUAAAACUUUGUACG